GGGGGCGGGGCGGGGCGGGGCUCGGGCGGCGCUGGGCGCCUGCGCGUUCGGCCCCGGUCGGGUCGGCUGCGCGCCCCUCGUCGCUCCUGCGCAGUUCCGGGUCGCGCCCACUUUGGCUCCGGCGGUUUCUGCAUCCGAGCCUGGCGGGGCCGAUGGGUGGGGUCGCGAGGGUCCUCCCGGGCCGGGUGCGCAGCGGGGGGCAUCUGCCGCCCACCUUGCCUGGCGCCUGAGCGGGGGAGGGCUCCUGGCCUGGGGUGGGGUCGCGGGCGUCUGCGGAGCCAGGCGGCGGCGUCGGGGCGCGAAGGUGUCGGCGGAGGCGAACCUCCUCCUCCCAGGUUCAAGCGAUUCUCCUGCCUCAGCCUCCGGAGUGGCUGGGACUACAGUGUAGAACCAUUUAGUAUCAUAGAAACGAUCGGGUGAAAUAUAAUCAGGGACCGAAGGGACGUUGUGAGAAGUGAUCAGCGAGAGCCUCGCGGUAGCACCAGCGCCUGGGGAGGUGCCCGUUACUUAGCAGGCGUGAAGGGGAGUUUCCCUUUCACUGGGGAGUCCAGAGAACACUGCUCCGCCCGGCUCUUGAGGAAGGCCUGGCAUCAGCCGGACCGGCCCUCAGACCUCCAGGGGUGUAAAUGCCUCUCUGCGGUGCUGUGCUCCGAUGGUCACCGUCCUCGUCCACUUUCAUGUUCCGCUUUCUCGCCCGGUGCUCUUUGUAAGUCCUCAGAAGUCGUGGGAAGUAAGAAUAGAGGAAUCCUACAAGCCUUCGAUCCUUCUGAUGAGUGCAUGGACAGAUGCUGAUGUACAUGCCCCCUCCUUACAGCGGCUCCCUGAGAGGGAGGCCCCUGUUCUGUAAGCACGUCAGAUAAUUCACUCUCCUGACCCUGCCCCUCUUCCCUGUAUACAUUAAAUGUCAGCACGUCCAGGCAUUCAGGGCCACUGCUGGACUCCGCCUUGGUAGUCGUGGUCCCCGGGCCCAGCUGAACUCUUACCAAUGUGUCUCGUGUCUUUGUUUCCUGUGAUUUGUUGUCUCUGCACUAGACCCUGCGGGGCUGGGCCCUGCACUCACCUGUGCUGGCCCCAGGGUGUCCCUAACAGCUGAGCUGAGCCAGCUACAGGUGCAGGGCUGAGUCUCCAGGAGCUCCCUCCCCUGAGUUAGAACAGCAGUAUGGAGGAGGAAGUUGGAAGCCGGGCUGGGCCGGGCGGGACCCUGGUGGCAAGUCCAGCGCCUGCGUGUGCCCCAGUGUCCACAGGCGGUGUGCCCCCCAGUGUGCACUUGAAGCCUCACAGGAGUGCAGCUGUCAGGUCUGUGAGUGAGCGUCACUGGUUCCCGGGAAAGUGCAGGUCCCUCAUGGCAUUCUGAGUCCAAGGUGGCUGGCCAGGGCAUGACCAGCCGCCAUAGCAGUAGCCCGAGGCAGCAGCCCGCCAGGAGGCAGGAGCUGCAUCCGCUUUCCCUGGCUUCCCAGGUCUCCUGUGGGCAAGGCCACCCUUGUACCCUCACUCCUCUGGGCACCCCCCUGCUACUCUUGCAGCAGCCCCCAACCCUGUGUGCCCACCCACGUGUGCUGCGAUAUCCUCCUCUCCACCAGGCCAGCUUCUGCUCCCCACCUCUCCACCCCUGGCCCGUGGGAAAGGGUGCUCCUCGGGCCCUGCUCAGGGCUGACGUUGGGCUGGGUGAUAGGACACCUGGGCACAGUUGGGGUAGCCAUGGGGGAGCGGAGCCCCUGAGGGUCUCAUGGGGCCAGCAGGUCUGCAGUCAGCAGCCCGUCCCAGUGAUGUCUCCUGGGAAGGGGCCCACCUGGGGUAAUGGCAUCACUGAUGUGGGUCCGUGGCCCUAUUGUGGGGUGUCCAGGGUUGUACCUGUUGGACUGCCCCCCUCACCAUCCUGCCCUACUGAGCCUCCUCCCUCAGCCAUUGCCCAGCUUCAUGUCAAGUCCUGGUGUGGGGCUCACCGCCUGCCCGUGAAUGUGGAGCUUGAGCAUCUCACAAUGAGUGCCCCAGGCGAGGCAGGUUGGGGGCUGAGCACCAGGAGCUCUGCCAGAGCCGGUGGCAAAUCCCUGGAACCUGUCUUGCCUUCGCUUGGAGAUGGAGAGACUCAGGUGUGGGAGGGUCACAGGACAUGUCAUGCGGCAGUGAAAAGGCUUUGUUCUGUUUCCUGCCUCCAGAACUUGCACAUGCUGGAAUCCAAGGACGGGUGGGAGGUCCGUUCCUGGAGAUGUCUGUCCUCUGGGGCUGGCCCGUGCCGUGCCCUCCUGUUACCCCUGCUGCCUUGCUCAGUGAAUUCAGGGCAUGCUGAGCCUUUCCCAUGCUACCUUUGCACUUGCCACUCUUCCCUCUGCUUAUCAAACUCCUAACCAUCCCUCAAAGCCCGCAGGCACCAGAAGCACCGUCUCAGAGACUCCACAGAUGCAGACAUGCAGGCCUCCUGCAGUAUCCACGUGAGGUUGACCCCAGGACCCCUGCAGAUGCUCAGUUUCCUGAUGUAAAACACUGUAGUGUUUGGCUGGGCAUGGCGGCUCACACCUGAAAUCCCAGCGCUUUGGGAGGCCGAGGUGGGUGGAUCACCUGAGGUCAGGAGUUUGAGACCAGCCUGGCCAACGUGGUGAAAUCCCCUCUCUACUAAAAAUACAAAAAUUAACUGGGCGUGGUGGUGCCCAGCUGUAAUCUAGCUACUCAGGAGGCUGAGGCAGGUGAAUUGCUUGAAACUGGGAAGCAGAGGUCAUAGUGAACUGACACUGUGCCACUGCGCUCCAGCCUGGGCCACGGAGCAAGACUCCAUCUCAAGAAAAAAAAAAUAAUGGUGCAGUGGCUCACACCUGUAAUCCCAGCACAUUGGGAGGCCGAGGCAGGUGGAUCACCUGAGGUCAGGAGUCCAGGAUGAGUCUGACCAACAUGGAGAAACCCCCUCAGGAGGCUGAACCCGGGAGGCAGAGGUUGCAGUGAGCUGAGAUCGCGCCAUUGCCCUCCAGCCUGGGCAACAAGAGUGGAACUCUGUCUCAAAAAGAAAAGAAAAGAAAAGGAGUAGUGUUUGCAUGUAACCCAUACAUGUCCUCCUGUGUAUUUCAGCUAACUUCUAGAUUACUUGUAAUACCUAAUACAAUGUAACUGCUGUGCGAA